CUGCUGCACUACAACCCCCCUCCGGCCGGGCACGUUUAUUCACUCCCUGUGCUCUUAAAUGGAGGAGCGGCCCUCCGUGGGGGCGACGAUCGCGAUAUAUCUCAGUGUCGGAGCAGGGAAUGGGUCAGAUCGGUCGAAAUUAUCGGUGAACAAUGAUCAAAGCUGCUGUCAGCUCCAGGACGAGGAAACGCAGACGAAGAAAACAGAAAAUGGAAAAAUAAAUGGAUCUAUAGUUGAGGGAGAGGAGAUUCCCACUUCCCUUGACUCACACGGCUAUCUGCACUCUGUGAGCCACAAUGGUGACAAAGUCCUACUAGGAACCAACUUGAAACGAAAGCCUUCUGGACAGGCCUUGAACACUGCCCUGAAGGGGGAAGGGAAAGGAAAUAACACUAGUAGAAACAGCAUGGACUACAAAAAUGACAAGCCCUCAGAGGUGAUUACACAUGAGGGCAAAAAGGAGGCCUUGGCGUCUCUGAAUGGCAUGGUGACACUCAACUGUGGUCUGCUUACCAACGGUUAUCCUGGCAAACCUGGCACUGACAACGAUGGUAGCGGGUCAGAAAGCGGUUACACCACGCCAAAAAAGCGCCGGGCCCAGCGGAAUGGUAAGACAGUGGAAAAUGUGACUGCUUCUGCCCAUGGGAAGGCCAUGCAGCCUGCCAACAAACAAGAUCCAGGCCCCACGGCUCAAGAACCAACUGACAGAACAUCAGGACCACAGGUGGACCUUGGCCGAGCUGCCUCAAAGGCAGACAUCCAUCCUGGUGGCUCUACGAAAGCCAGAGAGGUGCCCGCAUCUGGCACCGCUACCCCACUCACGUCUGAGGUUCCACGUAAAAACUCGGACGUCAAAACGUCGGGUAAAAAAUUUGAGGACAAGUCCAGCAAAGUAAAGGUGGCUGCAUCCACCAAAGAGGACUCAUGGACUUUGUUCAAGCCUCCGCCUGUCUUUCCUGUGGACAAUAGUAGCGCUAAAAUAGUGCCUAAGAUCAGUUAUGCAAGCAAAGUGAAGGAGAACCUCAAUAAGACAGCCCAAGCUGGUGGAGAGGCUCUCUCUGCUCCCCAGGUGCCUGGGAGACUCUCACAGGUCCCCAUGUCUGCGGUGAAGACCAUCACCUCGGCUAGCUUUACCAACGGCCCUCUAGCGGGGGAAGGCAACGGCUGCCCGCUACCUGGUACACACUUUAGCUCAGUGGCCGGUUCAGCCCCCGUGCUGGCCUCCUCCGCUGCCGGUGCUGAUAAUGUAGCAUCACCCUCUGGCAGCAGUACCACCUCCACCACCCCUUCGGCUGAGCCCAGAAAGCCUAACUUGUUUGUUUACCCCCUCACCCAAACCAGUAUGCAACUGUCUUUGCCCAGCGGCCGACAGGCAGACCCUCCUGCUACCACGACAAAUCAGAAGUCUCUGGGGGACAUUUUUCAGAACCAGUGGGGUUUGUCUUUCAUCAACGAGCCCAGUGCUGGCCCUGAGAGCUUGGUUUCCCACUCCGCUGCAAAGGACAAACCUGUGGAGGUGAGCUUUCAGGGAGGCUGCCCUUCCACUGUGGUGACGCAGACAUCCAGCACAUCACAGAGACUGGACCAGCCACCUUUUCCCAAGGCUUACGAGCUGGACAAACGGACUAGUGCUGAGACCCUGAGCAAAGGUGUAAACCUUGUCCUCCCUGCGGCCAGUGGGUCUGCACUUGAAGGUUUGCCUCAGGCCUCCAGCCUCGGACUGGAUUCACAAAAGGAUGAGGCAGCGGUUCCUGGUGCAAUAGUGUUUUGCUCUUCCUCUAAGGACAUUGGUGCUGAGCUGACACGCACCUCUCCAGCUGCACCCAAGUUGUCUUUGGCCAGAGAGCAGGGCCACACUAAGGGCUUCGACAGGAGGUCCAGCUGGGGGUUAUUUGAUCUGAAAGCUGCUGUAGUAUAUCACACUAAAGAAAUGGAAUAUAUUUUGAAUUUGCAAAAACAAGAUCCAAAUCGUGUAGUGCUCUACAGUGAAUCUAACAAUGGUCCUGAUCAGUGAGGCUGAGCCUGGACGCUCUAUCCACUCAGCUGGACUCUAAGAAAGAUGUGCUUCAAGGAACACGGUCGCAGCCUCUGAUAAACAUCCUGACUCAGAACAAAUCGAUCCUCAAGAUGGAGUUUUAAAAGGACUUAAAUGGGCGGCGGCUGAGGCUGAACGCAGGACAAGGAAAGGAGCACACUUGAUAAAACGGGUUAGCUGAAUUAGAAUGGGAGGUGAGGAACUGGAGCCAAAUGCUCUACUGUAAAGAAGUCUAGUGGACAUGUUUUGCUGAAGACAAUUCAAGUGACUAUAGGGAUCUUCAAUUCACAAUGUCAAACACUCACAGUAAGCCUUGUCCCACAAAUGGGCAACGGCUUCCUUUAAAGUGCUCAAGGACGUAGAGAUGGCUGACUUCAUCCUGCUGGCUGCCAGAGAAGAGGAAGCGCCUUGCGAUGCCUCCAUGGUGAAUUUGACAGAUCACGUGGACAAAGUGUGGUCUUGUGUUUGUACGUGCUGAAUUCAUGUGGACUCUACAACCAAGGCAUGGGCUCGGAAAAGUGUUGCUCUCAAACGAUUGGGUGGCCAGAGGAAACAAACGGCAAUAUAAGUUUCAGGGGACUCAAAUCGCUGAGGGGGCAGAUAGCUAAAGCCUUGGGUUAAUUGUCUUAAUUUUUGAAUGAGUUAUGUUAGUGACUCCUUUUUUUUUUUUUUUUUUUUUUUUUUCUUUUUCUCCUGUUCUGUAUUUCUUUUCAGUGAAAUACGUAAGAUAGAAAUGAAAUCCUAAGACGGGUUAGAGGUUACACUUAACUGGGAAUCUGUGCUCAUUUGAGUGUGCAAACCGCUGUGUGCGUGCGUCCUCUGGAAGAUUACGAAGUGCUAUUGUUCGGUAGUCUUACUGUUGUCUUUUUCACUCUUCUGCCAUCGGACAACUGUUUGCGUCCCUUUCUCGGCCUGCGUGCAUACAUGGCAGAGAGACAAAAGUUAUAGCCUGAUCUUUUAUCUUUUAUCAUUUUAUGUUUGCGAUUUUAUAUUACCUGUUAGAUCCCAGAGGACUAGUAAGUAAGACGCACCUCACGUUAUAAUCGCUUCAGCUGCUGUGCUGACUGGCACGCCGCUAAUAUGUUAGUUCUGUGCAGCGUUUCGGUCUUCAGCUUCGUUUGUUCUUUAGAGCUCUGCUUUCUCUCUCUCUCUCCCUUCUUGAUGUAUUUUUGCACAGGGAAACAGAAUCUGCUGUUGUGGUGCCGAGGCGUUUAAUAGGGCUAGACCACGGUUUAGCAUGACGUGAGAACAGUUGUUUGAAAGAAGAUCUGGCCUUUAUAUUUUACGCACAUAAACAAGAACAUUAGUUUUUUGUUAUUGUAACUGUUGACUCAUUCAUACGUAAUGGGGCUUGGUUCCUUUAUUUCCUUGGUUUCCAGCUUGUUGGUUUUGAACUUCUUAAAGUUGACACAGGUGUUGUCAGGCAUUCUGCCCUUAUGUAGCCUGAAGAUUUUUUUUUUCUUUCCAGGAAACAAAUACUAAAAAUGAACUUCUUCUGUUUUUUUUGUUUUUUUUCCUCGUCACAAGUUGAUUGAUUCAUAUAUAUAUGAAAAAGAUGAGUAGCACUUUAUGUAUUAUUUUAAAUUGUGUUAUCUUGAUCGUUGGUUGACAUAUCAGUGCGUAAAUGAAUUAUAGUAAUUAUGAAUAGGCUACUAACUUUAACUUCUAACAUUGGACUGGCAGUCCACUGGGGGAAAAAAAACUGAAAAGAGAGGAAAAAUAAUCACUGAAAAGUCACUCAGGUAGAAUUAGGGCAGUGUUUGUGUAAAAAAUAAAUAAAUAAAUAAAAAUACCAACAGUGUUAUUGCCAAAAAAAUGAAAAAGGGUGUCCCCAUUUCAUACGAACCUUCGUCUGAGGGACGUGAUUUCCGUUUUUAGCGAAAAAGCCAAAUGGACACAUUGAAGGGGGCUGUUUGGCACUCCUUAUCCUCUUUUCCCUUCUCCUAUACAUGGCCAUGAAACACUGCCAGGUCCAGAGAUGCAAAACUAAGAAAGACGAAGAGAAGAAUAUUUUUAUCCUCUCUAAUGCCAUUUAAUUCAUCUCCCCCUCUCGCCCUUUAAAUGUUCGGGUGGGUUAAGUUUCUGUUGACCUAACCUGGAGUUUGUUGCUGUAGCUUUUAAUCAACUUUAUUGACCCUUCUCUUCUCGAGGAAUCUGAAGUGGGCUCAUCACUAGAACUAGAUCUAACUUUAUGGAGAGACAUUUCUAAGCUUCACCCUAUCAUGCUGCAUUGGCCAGAUAAUUAAUGUGUAUGUUGUGAAACAAUAUUGUAUCAAUGAGAUAUAGGCCAUUUUUAUUUUUUUUUUAUGCUGCUUAUUUUUUCCUCUGUUGAGUCUCAAUGCCAGUCCAAAGCAGCUGUGUGAUGACCCUUUUUUUUUUUCUUUUUCUUUUUUUUUUUUUUUAUUUAAAUAUAAUGCAUGUUAAAAGUUUUAUCAUGACAUGCUAACAGUUGGCUUAGCAAUCAGCUUCGGUAAGUUGACUCUGAUUGUAAAAGUCAAACCUAUGGUGUUUACUUAAAAGCAACUCAUGUAGGAUAUUAAUUUUGCCCCACUUCCAUAUUUCAUUUACAGUUUCCCCACUUGCUUGGUCAAGGCAUGGCUGGAAUCAGAAGUUUGCUUCUUUAGUUUUGUAGUGAACCUGCAAGGCAAGUAUAAGUCUGUGUCGGCUGAAAAGGUUCCUUAUGAAUUGUUAGCCUCAUAGCUCCAGUGCAAAACUAAAGACACCAAACAUGCCUUUGCCAGUUUACUGUAUUUGUUCUAAGGGAAACUGUGUAAACUAGACUUUUCAGCAAACUAUCCCUUUAAUCAUGUAGGGGUACUGCAUACUCUUCGACCUUUUUAUGAAGACACUGUUAGCUAAACCAAUUGUACCCUGCGCCUAUUUUAAAGUUCAAAAGGUCAGCGGAUGCACAUGCGGAAUAUUGAUGCACAGAAAGCAACAGUAACCGAGUUUAUAUUUUAGGGGAUGCACAUCAAACGCGUAUUUCUUUAUUUGAUCAAUAAGAAGCACUUAUUCCCCACAAAUUUUAGAGUUUAUAGCUAAUAUAUGUAUAAUUAUGCACACUAAACUAAAACCGUUAAUGUCGCUUCUUUAAUCUCCCUUAAUUAGUACCUAAAGCCAAGAGAGCAGGCAGAGAUAGUCGUACAGAUAUAAUUAAACUAGACUGUUUCUCUGUUCUGUACUAUGAAAAUGCUUCUACGUUGGCAUAUACAUUUCCUAAUAUAUGUGUUAGGUUCAUUGUGGUGUUCUGACAGGUCAGCUGGUGCGUGGGUGUCUGUCUGUCUGUCUGUCUGUCUGUCUGUCUGUCUGUCUGUCUGUCUGUCUGUCUGUCUGUCUGUCUGUCUGUCUGUCUGUGUGCGCGUUUGGGCAUGUGUAUGUGUCUUCAUCUAACCGCUCUAUGAUAUGCAAAGUCAAUAUUGAGAACUUUAGUACUGAGUUCAGGGUGCCUGUGCUGUAAGAAAUAUUAAAUGGAUCACAUCAGAAAAUGGAUGAAAAUCUCUCUUGCUUCCCAACUCCCGGCCCUCCCCGAAAUGAUUUUAAUUUGUGCCAUGUUUUGACUGUUAAAAGUUGAAAUUAAUAUUUCAUUUGUAUGUUGCGCCGUCUACAUUUCCUCUCGUGGUAAUGAAGAUGGGGCAACAAGUCGUUUCAAGAAUCUUUGUCACUGCUAAUAAACUUGUUGAAAAAUGA